AUGUUCGGCGCAAGCCAACGACGCAACUCCCUCGCAGCACGUGUUGCCCAAUUUCCCUCCGACGCCGACCUCCGCUUUGCCAUCAACACCUCGCUUGCCAUUAAAAACAAUGCUUCACAGCCAGAUCGGCUGCCGCUAGCAGGACACAACUACAGAUCGCCUUCGCACAACCAUCCAGGUCUCGGAGUCUCGCUGCACAAGGUCAACAAACGGAAUACCCCAUCGAAGGCGUUUGAAGCCUCGCAGCUCAAUUUCACUCAUGGCGUAGCAUCUGGCGACCCAUACCCAGACAGCGUGAUCUUGUGGACGAGACUCGCGCCCAUCACAGCGUCGAACGAUACCGCAAGCAACGCGACUGUCAGCGGUUAUGUUCCACUUUACAAUCACGGCCCAAAGCAAGUGUCUACAGCUCCCGUCUGUGCGGAGUGGAGGAUGGCCAGAACACCGGACUUCGAGCAUGUCGAGAGUAGCGGCACGGCAUACACUUCCAGCGAUAUUGACUACACGAUUAAGGUUGAAGCUGGCAACUUGACUUCAUGGACAAGAUACUACUAUCAGUUCAACGUUUGUGGGAGCAACAAUACCAGUCCGCUAGGCCGUACCAAGACAACACCAUAUCCGCACGAUUACGUGGACAACGUCGGACUUGCGGUGUACUCUUGCAGCAACUUUCCAUUUGGCUUUUUCAAUGCUUAUGGGAACCCAGUUCGCAAAGAUUCCGUGGACUUUGUUCUACACUUGGGAGACUACAUUUACGAGUACGCUGGAGACGGAGACUAUGGAUAUGGACAGUCCAUUGGACGUGUGCCGAAGCCAGAAAGCAUCAUAUACACUCUUGAUGACUACCGACAAAGGCACGCCACUUAUCGCACUGACGAGGAUCUGCUGCUGUCCCAUCAAACGUAUCCUUGGAUUCCGACCUGGGAUGAUCACGAGGUUUCCGACAAUACAUACCGCGACGGCGCUUCCGAGCUGAAUAACACUGAGGCUUCAUUCGUCCAGGAUGGUGGUGUAUCUGUUGACCAGCGCAAGAUGAAUGCUGUCCGGGCUUACUUCGAAUGGAUGCCAAUUCGACAAGUCGAGAUGGACGACAAUCUUCGCAUCUGGCGUAGCUUCCAGAUUGGCUCGCUGUUCGACUUGAUCAUGCUUGACACUCGACAGUACGAUCGCUCGAUCACCGACUUGUACUGGAACACCGACUACAUCCACUCUAUCUCCAAUGACGCCGGCAGAUCCAUGAUGGGCUCUCGCCAAGAGAACUGGUUCUACAACUCCCUGGGCGAGUCUGCAAACAGAGGGGCAAGAUGGCGAAUCAUCGGAUCGCAGACAGUGUUCUCGCGCAUCAACGAAUCUGUGUCCUACGGAAACGUCAAUCCACUUGACUACGACGCCUGGGACGGAUAUCAAGCCAACCGCAACAGGACCUUGAACUACCUCACUGAGAACAACAUUGGCAACAAUAUCGUGAUAAGCGGCGAUAGUCACGCUAGCUGGGUCUCAGAUCUUGCUUGGCUGGACCAUUCGAACUACUCCGCUGACACCGGUGCUGGAGCCCUUGGAGUCGAGUUCGCCGGCUCAGCUGUAUCAUCGCCAUGUCCUUAUGGCCAGAACAUCACACAGCUAUCAGCCAACAACUACUCCGAUGCCCUCGAAGCGGCGAACGCUGAGCUUCACUGGAACGACGUAUACUAUCGCGGUUACUUCGAAUUGCACAUCAGCUACGAUGAAGUCAACGCGAGCUAUUUCGGACUACCUACAAUUGUGACGAGAAAUCCACUGGAGAUCGGCCUGGCCAACUUCACUGUCAAGACUGGGGAGAAUGCUCUGCAGAGGCCGAUUGCAGGAGGUAUUGCCGAGAGCGGAAGCUUGAAGGGAGGAUCUAUUAGGCAGACCAAUAUCACGAACAAUACCGAAACAGGACAGUGGACAAUCAGCAUGUUCAACCAGGAGGAUAUCUAGAGCAGAUGCCAGCAUAAUCUGCGACCACGAGAACUUGUACAUAGCCACGAAGAAGAAGAUGAAUCGCAAUGCUACAGAAGCAUGGAAGACUGCA